AUGGUUUACGACACCAGACCCCCCAAACCCGCCGCCGACAAAGCCCUCAAUGACUGGCUUUCCGUGCCUCCCAAACCAACAACCGAUAAGAUCGCCAUAGUAAACAUAAACGGCCAACAAGUCCGAGACCCAACCCUUAUAAUCUCACAAGAAACAAGCGGCAAGAUCGAUUGCGCCCUCUGCCUAGGCCGCACCCACCGUAUCGUUUCCCUCAAAGCUACCAAACAAAAGAGAAAAAUCGAUGCGAGAAUUGUCGAAACUGCGGCGUCAUUGGAAGUUCUAGAAUUUGUCACUGGAAUCAAGAGAGCGACAUUGGAGCAAAACUACGAUGAAGGCCAUUUACAAGAUCUCAUACGUGUCAACCAUGAGCUACACGAUAGACGCGCGAUGCAAGCCGCUUUCCACGAGCAAAAGAAAAACAUUGAUAUUGGCGUGAAGAAAGCUAAACAAGAAUGGCAAGCUGCUUGGGCUGCAGUCGAAGGAGCCCUAGAUAUAAUCUGGACCGAAGCUAAAGUCCUAAAACCACACGCUGAUCCUCACGCGCACGAUUACGGAUACUCCAGUCUACACAACACUCCAAGCACCUCCAGUCUAAAAAAUACUCCAAGCACUACCCACGGCCCAGAAAUCCCCAACACCCCCAGCAUUCAACAAGGCAGCACACCAGACCUUGGAAUGGCAAAAUUCGCCGACUUCCCCAUAACAACCCCCAGAGGCUCCUCCGCCAGGGCACGUCGGGUCUGCGCAUGGCGACAGUUUCCAGCCGGCGCGUGGAACGAAGAAGUUGUAGGAAAUAAGCGGUCGUCCCCAGUAGAGCUCACGGAGUGGGAGCAGGAGUUUGUGAAUCGUGUGGAGAAGACUGUUUCUUCUACGUCGACUGCAGGGGAUAUCAUGACUCCGCGGCAGAAGCCAUGGAAGCGAGUGAUGGAGUCGGAUGACGAGGAAGGUGAGUUUAGGUUACCGAAACGUAGAAGCCAGAGGAACAAGGAGACGAACACACAAAACGCAACUGGCCCACCACAGGGUACGGGUGGUCCUGAGGCCGGCCCCUCACAGCAGCGCAAUCAGAAUGGGCAAGAUCAAGCGAAUGGCAGUACUAGCUCGAAGCGCAAACGAGCGGAAGAAGAGGGGGCAUUGCCACAAAGGAAAAGCCCAAGGAAGUCUAUCUCGGCGACUCCUAGUGUUGAAUCGCCUACCCAUACGCCCAAGCGCAAAUCCACUAUUCCAGAAGUCUUUGUUAGUCCUGUCUUAUAG